AUAGCGACGGACACUCGGUCUCAGCUCCAGAGCAGUUGUUAAAUUAAUUUCUUUAUUAGUCGUUGGUCGCCUGUGAAUGGUUAAAGUUGUGAUUGCGAAUUGCGCAUUUAAUUUUUUUUUUUUUGUGAAUUGACAAUUGAAAUGAAAUUCCAAGAAAAAUCAACGAUUGAACAAGAAUCAACGAUGGAGUUAUCGGUCGAUCAAAAAACGGAUAAACUUAAAAUCGUAUUGGACCAUGCCAAUAAUACAUAUCAUUCAUCACACACAAUUCAUGGUACCAUAUUUUUCCCAGAGAAUUACACAGAAAUUCGUGGUGUAUUUUUCCACUUCAUUGGCACCAGCAGAGUUGGCUGGACCGAACUUUUAAUUCGCGAAUCGAAACCAGUUGAAGGCAAGAAAGAAACAUCCGAUUCCAGAUAUUAUGGAAGAGAAGAACACUUGGCUCCAGUUAAAUAUAUCAUCGGCUCAAAAGGCGGUGGCUUUUUCACGCCGGAAAGAAGCUAUCGAUUUUCAUUCGAAUUAAAAACGGAUUUACCAUCUACGUUUGCGAGUGACUGUGGUGAAAUCAAGUAUAAAAUGAAGUUUGUGGUUGACAAACGAUGGUUCAAUGAGAAGCAGAAAAUUCCAUUGCACAUUAUUCGAUCCGUAAAUUUGAAUUUUAUACCAGACACGCUGCAACCGUUUGAACUUCAAUUGACGAAAAAUUACGGAUAUCUAACCAGUUCAGGUCCAAUCAGUUUACAUGUUUCAAUACCAAAGCGUGGAUUUGUGCUCGGAGAUAAAAUUCUAAUUAAGGCAACAGUGUGCAAUUCCAGUAAAAUAAACGUUGAAAAAGUGAAAUACUACUUGAAUCAAAUCAUUGAAUACCAUAGCACUGCACCGAGUGAACGAAUUAAAACGGAAAACAAACGUUUGUUGAAGAAGGAAAUCGAUGGCAUUUGCAAACAAUCAGAAAUGGAAAAUGAUCUAGUCAUUGAUGUGCCGGAAAAUCUACCACCAACACAAGAUAAAUCGAUUAGCCGUUUAAUUUUGAUAAAAUAUGAAGUGAAAGUUGAGGCAAAAAUUGGCGGCAUCCAUAAAAGUCUAGUCAUCACAACUCCAAUCACCAUUGGCACAAUACCACAUACCAUCAAUAGCCGGCCACUCACCAUAUGCAAUGCACCAAAUUUACCAAACGAAACGCCAUUUAUUUUGGGUGCAAUGGGAACACAAGUAGAUGUUGGUUCAAUAUUCCCAAACCUAAGCCAAGAGAUGAAUUUAUCACAAAACCAAAAUUUACAAUUAAGCGAUAGAUCUUCAAUUCAGUUACGAAUGUAUCCAAGUCCGAUAAUUGGCUUUCUACCAAAUGAAUCAAUGGAGUCACAACUCAAUCGACUUUCACUUUUGUCACACAAUUCAUUCGCAAACAUACCAUAUCAACAACCAACCGCUCCGCCGCCGGACUUCAACGCAGGCUCGCCGAUUCGACCAGUUUCGCAAUUCAUUGUGAAUUCACCAGAUCGACCACCAUCGUAUCAACAAGCAUGCUUUCCAACACAAAUGAAUUAUGCAACCUCAUCUCCAUUACAAGAAACGUCGAAUAAAAUUUGAGAUGAAUACAAUAAAUAAUAAUCAAAAAUGAAAUAUUGCUGAUCAUGUUAAUGACAUUAAAAUACUGUUAUUUUUUACAUUGGAUAA